UUAUCAUCAUCAAUCUCUUCGUCUCUCCCCCCUAAAACCCUAACAAAACCCUAAAUUCAAUCCCCUUGAUGAAGUCCCGGCGAAGGGAGCAGCUCUCUUCUCCAACUUCGAGUUCAGAAACAACCAACUUUUCGAACAUGGAUACAUUGUCAAAUGGUAACCACCAUGACAAACUAUCAUAUUUCCAGAAAGAGAAGGCAUUGGUAACAAGAUGCAAUUUACCGGAUUUGACAGCCAAUUUAUCUGAUGAAAUCUUGUCUUUGAUACUAUCACUUUUGCCAAUGAAAGACGCAGCACGUACCUGCAUCUUAUCGAGAAGAUGGAGAAAUUUGUGGAAACACCAAAACAGCAUCAGCUUUGACGUGGAUGAGAUCCUGGGUAAACACCCUCAUAUCAGCAGAUGUGCAAGUAGCGUCUUCUUUGAGGAAGAGCCCUCCACAAGCCAACAGUUCGAUGAAUUCGUAUCAUUGGUCGAUCAGUACUUUGAAAAUAAAUCAGGAUGCAAUAUCGGGGCAUUAAGCAUUCAUAUCCGAUCAAGAGGUCACUAUCACCAUUUGGACCGAUGGCUAAAUUUGGCCAAUGGUAUGAACAUUGACAAGCUCAAGCUCGAUUUCAGAGGUUAUGAUUCUCAUUACCCUUACGAGCUUGAUGUUGGAGGAAAUAUAUUGAGUUUGAAGCAUUUUAUUCUUAACAAUUGUGGCUUGAAGACUUUACCUGGUUUCAUCGGGUUUCAUUCCCUUAUAUCACUUGCAUUUGAAGAUGUCGUGGUCUCCAAUAACUUCAUCAAUUACUGUCCUCUACUGGAACAUCUCACUCUUAUCAAUUGCAGGGGUCUUUAUGAAUUGAACAUCUCGAGUCUUCUGAACAAUUUAAAGUAUGUUAAGGUGAUCCGUUCUGCAUCUACCCUCGAGAUGCAUGCAAAGAACAUCAACCAUUUCGAGUGUUCUGGUUUCAUGGAAGCAUACUUGUAUCCAGAUGUUGAUGAAAAUGAUGAGUUUGACACGUACAAUGAUAUUGGAUUUCCUAGAGCAAAAUAUGGGCUAAGAAAUUGUAUCUUCACGCCUGAUCCUAAGUUUGGAGGGUUCAAGUCACUUAAACAACUUGUUCUAUUUGAUGUCACUUUUACACCAAUCCUUUUAAGGCAUCUUCUAUCCAACUGUUUCUCUGUGGAAGAAUUGACCUUUGGCGAUUGUUCUUUUUUGCUAUCUUAUCCGUCGAUUUUAGAGAUAAAUGGAUUGGUUCAUCUUCAGUCUGCGAAAGUGUUAAACUGUUCAGGAAUAAAUGAGGUCAUUGUGAAGGCUACAAAUGUUAAGCAAUUUGUGUUGUUUUCUGGGGAGAAUACACAUAAGGUCUCGAGACUAAAUUUCCAGCUUUUAGAUGAUGAUGGUAAUGAUUUUUCCACUGCAGCAGGAAAACCUUCACUUCUGAAGCAUUUGCAUUUAAGAGGGGGCAAAUUUGCACUCAAUAUAACCAAUUUCACUGCUCUCGAGACUGUUUUACUCGAAGAUAUGUAUCUUACAGAUGAGGAUGUGGGCAAUUUAUUGACAAGUUGUUUGUUCCUUAAGAGAUUGGAUCUCAUAACAUGUCGCGGUUUUUUCACUCUGAACAUCAUGGGUCCAUUCUUGCAACUCAAGAUUCUGAAUGUGAGGCAUUGCAAGCAACUUGUUGAGAUAGGAAUUUGUGCUUCAAAUCUUAUGGAAUUUAGAUAUCUUGGACAGCUAAUAUGUUUCUCUCUGAGAGAAGUUCCCAAAUUGUUAACUGUUGAGAUCAAAAUCGAAGAAGAUGUCUGCGAUAUCAGCUCGAAUCAUUUCCUCUCGAUGCUCUCUAAAGACAUACCACAAUUGCAUACGUUGUAUUUUCACGUUGAGGAUGAACAUGUACCAGAGGCUCUGCCGAUAUUUCUUGAUCUCAAACACUUGGUAUUGAUUUUCAGCAAUAAAUCCCAUACACUCUCCUGGGCAACACUUUUCCUCUUAGCUUCACCAUUUCUGGAGAAGUUUCAAGUGCAGCUACCUGGACAUUUGAAUGACUCUGCUAAAACAAAAGUGCCCAAGGAAUGGGUUCAUCAUCACCUUAAAGAAGUUGAGUUGUUUCAAUUUGGAGUCUAUAAGAAGGAGAUCAAAUUUGCAACAAAUUUGCUUCAUAACGCCAAGUCCCUUGAGCUGAUGAAGAUUGAUCCUCGGGUUUCCAAUUCAUCGAGAGUUCCUUUUGAUUGGGUGCAAAGUGGACGAGAGAAGACUAUUCGACUGCUAAGAAAGGAAACUAGGCCAGGUAUCAAGUUAGAAGUUGAAUGAAGGUGAUCUGUAAAUAAUCAAGUUAAGGUUUGAGGCAGUUUCAUUUGUAAAUCCACGACUUACAUACUUGGGAUAAAUAUUUUUACAUGAUUCUUACAGUGUAAGCACUCUUUAUACUGAAAAGCGCAGAACAAAAAGCUCUGCUAUUCUUGUUUUGCUCA